UGGCUUUCUUUCUCACAAGUGUCUAGACACCGGUAUUUAUUAGUUGAUUUACAGCACAUUUUAAUAUAGCUAAUAAGUACAGACACACUCUUAAAGUGCCAGGUAAGCAUUCAGCCACGCCCACUGCUGAUGCCGCCGAACCACCAACCAAUCAGGAGCCAGUGGAGAUCAGACACUCAUCUUCGACCGAUCAGGAUCAACGGAGGCCCUCAUCUGAAGGCUCACAACCCAGUGAGGAGAAGCGAUCAGAGGACUACGACUCCAGUUUGUCUGAUCUCCUGCCACACUACAGUCCUGCUGCGAGAGCGGACAGAAGCAGCGUCUACGAGGCCAUGGCAGCGUCCAGACACACCGUCCUGUACGAGAACUGUGUCCAGUGCAGGAGAGGAGAGGACAGCUGCCGGCUCCUCAGACCAGCUCCUCCAUCCAGAGACGCGUUUGUCCAGGAACUGAGGAGAAACAUCUCAGAGUCCUCCUGCUCCUCCACAGUCUCUCUGCAACGAAUACCUGAAGAAGAUGACAGAGAGAGAAAAUGGGCAGAGAAAGGAAGAAUGGAUCCUGCCUAUGAAAUCAUGGACAGCCGAUCAUCAGACAGGAGCCUAGAGGAGGAGCGCAGCAGGUACGAGCUCAUGACGGGCUCACAGAAGACCUCUCCUCAUCUGACUGAAGCUCUGUCGGACAGAGUCAGAGGAGACGUGGUGACAUACGUUAAUAUCCCCACCAGCCCCACGGCCAAAAAACAGCUGCAUUACAUGGAACUAGAUCUGCAGGAGUCCAGCGCCGCCGUCAGAGGUAAAAGCUCCAGUAAAUACGCUCAGAUUGAUAUCACAGUGACGGAGGCGGCUCACAGAGCGUGUUCCCAGCAUGCACUGGGGCGGGAGGAAGGCCUACAGAGACUGGAGCAGCAGAGGAGACGACGAGGACUUCCUCACACUGAAGAUCGACUCUUCUCUUGACAAACUGACCAAAACACUUGCAUCAGUCGAGACAGUGAAACACAGAAUGUAGCGUAGUGUCGUGUCUAGUGUAGUAGUAUGUAGUAUAGUACAGUGUCAUCAUGUCAAACUCACUAUGUAGUGAACACAGCAGAGCAUGUGAGCGAAGCAGCGCUC